AUGGUUCUAUGCAUAGGCCCAACAGGUUCUGGAAAGACGUUGUUGUUAAAAAAAUUGCAAAAUAUCGAUGCCGUUGAUAAUACCACCAGUGCCGUGCCGACAGUUGGAACCAAUAUCAUCAAUCUGAAAGUGGCAGAUAAAUUGUAUACAAUUCGUGAAUUGGGUGGUGCCAUUGCCCCAAUGUGGCCUAAUUAUUUCGUAAAUGUGGGGAAGUUAAUGUACGUUGUGGAUGCUUCGGACUUAUGUCAAAUAUCUGCUGCUGGGGUUUUGCUUUAUACUACUCUUGUAAACCCGUUACUAAAGGGUGCAAAGUUCCUUCUGGUCUUGUCGAAAAUGGACACCAGUUACAGGCAAAUGAGAAACGAGGCCUUGUUGAUGUUGCAAAUGAGGCGCUUACAAAAUGAAAUCAGUCAAAAAAUUACCAUUUUGGAAGCAAGCGCGAUAGAUGGUAAAGGACGAGAUGAAAUAUUGAAAUGGAUAACUGAUUAG